UUUCAUUCGCGCUUGCUUUCGCACAAAGGGACAGAAGUGCGCGCGUUUUAGAAGCACAACUCAUCUGUUCCAAAACCUGCAAGAACCUUAUCAGCGUUAUACCGCAUUACAAGUUAAUUUACAUUAAAAUAACAAUCAACUAAAAAUGGAUCCUUGUGUUAUAGAAUUUAUAGGAGAGAAAUCAAUAAUUGGUGUUAUACCCAAUUUCUCCUUUGAUCCAUUACAUCUUAUAUCUGGAAGUGUUGGUCCGUUCCGAGCUGGUAUGCCUGUGCAUGUUCCAUUGUGGCUGGGAAUACAUCUAAGGAAACAGCAAAAAUGCCGAAUAGUGCCACCAGAAUGGAUGGACAUGGACCUAUUGGAAGAGAUAAAGGAAGAAGAGAAAAGAUCCAAAUUCUUUACGAAAAUGCCCAGCGAACAUUAUAUGGUUGAGGCCCAAUUGAUUAUGAGCACGGCACCGGAUGAUGUGCCUCGAUGUGAAGAAAUACGUACCAUAAUAAAAGAUAUCUUUGAUAUACGUGAGUCAAAGCUUCGCACAUCCAUCGAUGCAUUUAUUCGUGGAGAGGGUACCUAUGCCAAAUUGGAUAAUCUAACCUUGCUGGAAAUGCACAGUGUGAGACCAAUAUUGCCGCAUUCGCUCGAUCAUAUUGCCCGGUAUCAACGUACUGCUGUGGCAACGCAACGUGACACCUCCAUGUUGGGUCUUAAUUCCAGUACAAUGAAUUCAAGCUCAUUCUUAACACAAUAAUAAUGCGAAGUGAGUAAUAAUUUUAGGUUUAUGAAUUAAAUGAUUAAGAAUAUGAAUUAAAGGUGCUGGGGAAGUUUCAAUUUUUUUGUAUUGCAGUCUGAAAAUUAACAUAGAUGUUGAAGUUCAGUUGUUUUGUCGAGUAUUAAAGUUAACAUAUUUCAUUGUUUCCGCGAAAAGACAUACCUUAGAGAUAUACCAUGUACAUCUUCCAUAUAUUAUAUAUUGUAUUUAGAUAAAUUAAUUAAGUUUGCUUUGCUAAGUUUCGAUAAGUUUCAAAUAAAAUCACAAAUCUACCAAA